AUGGUGGAAGUAUUUGCAAGACAUAUGCCAAUUGGAACAGUAAAAGCAGGUUGGAAUGUUGAAUUUAGAAAUAUCACCCAAGAUAUUCCAUUAGGGAUAUUUACAAUCCUUAGGCUUGUUAAUAAUGAUAUUUCAACCAUCAAUGAAUUUAAAAAUGAUGAUGAAAAUAUGAAUAUAGUGAUUGACAUAACACUACCUUUUGGAAAAAAUAUAUCAAAAAUAUUUUGUGCUAUUCAUGAUUAUUUGGAUGAUUGUAAUCUAAAUUGUAAUAAUACCAAUAAUAAUUUUUAUACAUACAUAGAAAUACCAACUUGUAUUUUUAAAAAAAAAAAUUCUAUUUAUAUUAGUAUUACUACUACAAUCGAUGCUAAUGAUACCGUGAAUUAUAUUAUUGUUGAUUUCAAAUCCCCAGGAGGAAAAUCUAGUUCUUUUAUACCUAAAACAAAUUAUUCUUAUGAUAUAAAUUUUAAAAAAAAAAUAAUUAAAAAACUAAUUCGGAAUUGGAAAAGUUAUUUAGGAUUAUUUAUAGAAUAUGAUAAAACAAUUUUGUGGGAACUAGAUGGUUUAUAUACUACACAAUUAUCAGAAAAUCUAGAUAAUCAAACAAUCACUAUGAAUUUUUCACCUCGAAAUCCAAAUACUGAAAUAAUCACUGAAAUAAAGUAA